UCAUAGUUUUUGGCUGUAAAAUAGGUCAUGUGCAAGCGUUUUGUUUGAUCUAGAUCUUUUUAUUCAUACCGGAAAAUCAUUUAUCGGCUUUCUUUUUUUGUAAACAAUUUUAUGAGGGGGUAAUAAAGUUAAACAGACACCUUGGACUGGAUCUCUCAGCUGGAUGACACCGGAUAUUCCUGACAUAUUUCUAUGUAUUAAUACACAAGAACAUAAAUUGUCGGCUUUUUAAUCCAGAUGGGUCUUUUUUAUGAUAGGGAAAAGUACCUAUGCAGAUAAGGACUGCUUAUCAGUAAGAUGGCUAUUGACUGGGAGGUGUAAUCUGGCCACUUGUCUAUGUGCUAAAGGGUUAAUAACUGUAUGGAUUUAGUUUUUGGAGUUUUACUGAUGAGCUUUGUUUCAUCUUAUCACAGAAUGUGAACAGACAAUAAACACUUAUCUCCAGCACAAGACUUCAGCUGUCAUACAUAAAUUCAGUAAAAUUUGUUUGCAGACCAUGGCAAGUGAAACAGAAAACAUGAAUACCCCAAGCUGCAAUAAAAUGGAAGUCUCUGGAACUGAGAGUGGCUACCUCACAGACUCAUUUAUUAUGGGGAAGGAAAAAAAUGGCCUUCAAGAUUCAUCCGGAGAGCCAGCUAGUAAUUCAGAAAAUGAUAUAACUCCAUGUGCUGAAAACCUAAUGGCUUUUAGCGAUUCAAGUGGUACUGCAAGUCCUCAGAAUUCCGAAACUGGAAACUUGUCUUGUAAUGGGACAAGUCAGAAUUAUGAAGGUAGUGAAGAAAGUAACAGAAAUGGUGACCUACACAGUUUACCAAGUUUAGAUAUCAAUGAAUUGAAGACAAUAGAUGAAAUCUUUACAUCAAACUUUAGUCUAAACAGACCGGAAUCUUUGCCAAUUAAAGAAAAAGACAACAGUGCAAACAAAUGUAGAAGCAAGAGUGAUAUUCACUCUGGAAGUGUAAUGGACAGUGACCAUGCUUCUGAAGGCAGGAAAAGGAGUAAAAGUUCGGGAUUCCCAAUUCCAAAACAGAAAGAAGGUGUGCUCAUAUCAGAAGAACUACUGUCCAAAAGUUUACCCCAUGGCAAGGUUGUAAAGAGGGAAACGGGAAUGAUCGAGUUUAUUGCAGAUGACCUACAGGAGAUGAUACGUAUGAGCAGUCCAAUUUCCAAAACUGCGAGUGAAGUGAGUAGUCGGCGUUCCAGUGACUACAGCAUCACAAGCGUAGAGAGUAUGGCAUCAAGCUCCAUGGCUACAUCCAUGACCUCUGGAAUGUCAAGGUCAUCCUUUCCGCAGAGCCCUGACUGCAUCCCACCAAUUGACCCCAUUGCUGUGCAUGAAAUCGAGAACCAGGCCAGGCUUGUGGCAGAAAACCUCGACCAGAUGAUGAGCAAUCUUCACAAUAACCUACAUAAGAUGUCCGCCAUCAGUGUGGGAUGUGAGGAGGCAUACAAGACUUCAGUGGACGUCACCUGUGACUCUGUGGAUUCAAGCAUAAAGUCAAUGUAUGCCAUGAUGGCCAAGUGUGAGGAACUGUCCUCUGCCAUGUUACCUGUCUACAAGCUCAAUGACCAAAUUAAAGACAUCAAGAGACUUCUGGACAGAUUUGAAGACAAGCUGCACGUAGCUGAAAAACCAUCAUGAGGAUCCUAAAACCAGAACCAAUAUACCCACCUUCCUUGAUAGACAAUUAUCACUGUGGACAAAGCCAAGACAUUCCAUACACAUGUUAAACUUUGUCAUUGAAGACACCCUAGAUUUAUUGUCUAAUAGAGUAAUUGAAAAAUUAGCUUUUUAUCACUAAACAUAAUUAUAAGAAUUGUUAUGCUCCCCUAUGGAUGAGCGCAUGCUUUAGUUGCCACAUUAUCCAUCCUCUCUUUCCGCCAUUCAUGUCAACUCCCACGUCUCUAAUGGCUUUCAGCAUUUUCAUUACUCCUCUUGAAUUUCAUGUUGGUUCUAUAUGAUCUUGCUGUAGAAUUGCUUGAAAGAUUUAGAAAUAACAUUGUGCAACAGUUCAUAGUGCUGAUGUGCCACAUGUGUAGUUGAUAUAGCUUAGUUCUCGUUGAGUUCAAGGUUACAUUUGUCUAGUCCAGAUAUCUAAAAUCUUGUUGAAUUCAAGGUUACAUUUUUCGAGUCCAGAUAUCAAAAGUUCUUGUUGCGGUCAUGGUUACAUUUUUCUAGUCCAUAUAUCUAAGUUCUUUGUUGAGGUCAAAGUUACGUAUGUAUUGUCCAGAUAUCUAAGCUUUUGGUGAGGUCAAGGUUAAUUAUGUAUAGUCCAGAAUCCAGAUAUCUCAGUUGUUGUUGAGGUCAAGGCUACAUAUGUAUAGUCCCUAUAUCUAAGGUCAAGGUUACAGUUAUGUAUUGUCCAGAUAUCUUAGGUCUUGUUGAGGUCAAGGUUACUUUCUUGUUGAGUUCAAUUUCACUGAAAUGGCUCAAAAGUUGGAGAGUCAUUUUCCAUAUAUUAUCAUUUCAUCGUUCUAAUUUUUCAUUGCUAGGCCACAAAAAAAUAAUGAAUUUGUCUGGCAUUAGCAGACUGAUUUACAAGAAUACCUUUGUCCCCCUAAUACUUUUUCACCUUUUCGGUGGUCAUAAACCAAAAAUCCUUUUUUUGUCAGUGAAAGAAAGCGGAAAAGAAGGGAAAAAAGCAAAAAAACUACUAACCCAACUCUCAAAAUGGGUCGGGAAGUGCCAAUAGAACUGUUUUUUUUGUGGACUAUAUUGAACAAAUUAUUGAUUCAAAUUAGUUUUUUUUGGUGUUGUUUAUUUUGGGUUACAAAUUGUGCUGAUAAUGUCUAUUGCAAAACAAAUAUACAUUGAUUGUCAGAUGACCUUUUUUAUUUGCUCAUUAAACACAAAAUAGUCAUGGUAAGCUAUUGUGAUAGGUCGCUGUUGAUUGUCCACACAGUGUCAUCUGCAGCCAAUUCUUAAUGAAACUAGUUUAACAUGUUUGUUUUAGGUGUUCUUAUUUCAUCCUAUUACAUUUCAUUCAAUGUCAUUGUCUCAUAGACUGCUAUCAAUAGUCAUCAUGCACCUAUAGAAAUUAGCUUUCACAUUAAUUUUCAUUACUUUGUAAUAAAAAUACUCCGUUAAAAUAUAUAAUCUAUCGCAUUUUCAUGCUCGUUAUUUCACUGGGUAAGCUGUUCUUUUUAUUUUGUCUAGAACAGAUAGGCAGUGUGUUUAUUCUGAUGAGUAUUUUCACAAAUAUAACCAGUGAAUUAGAUUUUGUGUCUGGUUUGUUUGUGGGUGUAUGGUUUCAUGUGGUACUCACGGGACAUAUGGCAUACAACAUGAACAAUGCAUUAAAAGCGCACAGUAAAGGUUGAUGCAAAAAAUCAAUUAACUUGAAUACUAAAAACAAAAAAAAACGUAUGAUUUGAGUAUAAAUGAAAAAAAUACUAGCCUUUAUGAAUGCUUUUUUUAUAUAAUAUAUAGCUUAGUGGCCACAAAUUCCUGUUAGAAUAACACCAAAAUAUCACUAAUAUUUGUUUUGAUUUUACACAAAUCGUAUGCUUUUUUUUAACAUUAAGGUCAAAUGAGUUAAACAUGACUGCAUUAAGACAAAUGGCAUUUUGCAUCAACCAUUAGUGUGCACCUUUAAGCAUUUUCAUAUGAGCUGUACUCAAGAAAAAACAAAAUGAUUUGUAUAUUGAAAUUUAUUGUGCAAUAUAUUUUACAAUGUGUUAUAUAAUUGUCAUGUGAUCAGCUUGAAAAGAAAUUUGUUUCAUAAAACAUUUUACUUUUUCUUUAAAAGGGACUCAUCCACAGAAUUUAUGUCAGCAAUGGGUUUUUGUUAAGCUUGGUUGAUAUUAAAUUAUUUAGCUUUUUAUGAAUAUACACCAAUCAGCAACUGGCAGAAACUCAUUAAAAUAGAAUUUGGUAAAUUCAAGCCUAAAAUUGUUUAAUUUUCAAUAGCGUGAUGUUUUAUUUAUUAUCAAACAGAUUUUUCAACAUUGCAUUACGAUUAAUGGAAUGUCAGUUCAACUGUGUUUGCAUUCGUGCAUAUACAGAAGACAGAAACAUUUAUUUGCAUGCCAUUUCAUUGCAAUUAUUAUGAGACUAUAUCAUAAAUUUAUGUUCACUAUUUAUCGUUACAUUGUUAUUUAAUAUAUUUUUAAUUGAAAUAAAAUAUGAAAAAUAA